AUGAAGCCAAAGAUCCUUUUGGCAAUUGCGUUGCUGAUCCACGCCGCCGCCUCGUCGGAAGACAAGGCCAAACCCGACGUGGGGACGGUGAUCGGGAUCGAUCUGGGGACCACUUAUUCUUGCGUCGGCGUCUUCAAGAACGGCCGGGUGGAGAUAAUCGCCAAUGACCAAGGAAACCGGAUCACCCCCUCCUACGUGGCCUUCACCGCGGAGGGAGAGCGCCUCAUCGGUGACGCAGCCAAAAACCAACUGACCACAAACCCAGAAAACACCGUGUUCGACGCUAAACGAUUAAUAGGUCGCGACUGGUCGGACCACACGGUUCAAUCCGACAUAAAACUAUUCCCCUUUAAGGUUAUUGAAAAGAACUCCAAGCCCCACAUCAAGGUGGCCACGUCCCAAGGGGACAAGACUUUUGCGCCAGAGGAAAUCUCAGCCAUGGUUUUGGUCAAGAUGAAGGAGACGGCGGAGGCGUAUCUCGGGAAGAAGGUGACUCACGCGGUGGUGACCGUGCCGGCGUAUUUCAAUGAUGCGCAGAGGCAGGCCACGAAAGAUGCGGGAGUCAUCGCGGGCCUGAACGUGAUGAGGAUAAUCAACGAGCCCACGGCGGCCGCUAUUGCUUACGGAUUGGAUAAGAAAGAGGGGGAGAAGAACGUUCUCGUCUUUGACUUGGGCGGUGGGACCUUUGAUGUUUCUCUGUUGACCAUUGACAAUGGGGUUUUUGAGGUGGUUGCUACGAAUGGUGACACGCAUUUGGGAGGUGAGGACUUUGACCAGAGGGUCAUGGACUAUUUCAUCAAGCUGUACAAGAAGAAAAAGGGCAAGGAUGUGAGGACAGAUAAUCGCGCCGUCCAAAAGCUCCGCCGGGAAGUGGAAAAAGCGAAGCGCGCCCUCUCCUCCGCCCACCAGACCCGCAUUGAAAUCGAGUCCUUUUUCGACGGUGAGGACUUUUCCGAGACCUUAACCCGAGCGAAAUUUGAGGAGCUGAACAUGGACUUGUUCCGCUCCACGAUGAAACCCGUGCAGAAAGUGCUGGAGGAUGCGGACAUGAAGAAAAAGGACGUGGAUGAAAUCGUGCUCGUGGGUGGGUCCACCAGGAUUCCAAAGAUCCAACAAUUGGUCAAGGAGUUCUUUGACGGGAAGGAGCCGAGCAGGGGGAUCAACCCGGAUGAGGCGGUGGCCUAUGGGGCGGCCGUGCAGGCGGGAGUCCUCUCAGGGGAGCAAGACACCGGGGACUUGGUCCUCUUGGACGUGAACCCACUGACGAUGGGUAUUGAAACCGUAGGCGGAGUGAUGACGAAACUGAUCCCACGAAACACUGUUAUCCCUACAAAGAAAUCCCAGAUUUUCUCCACGGCCGCUGACAACCAGCCCACGGUGACGAUCAAGGUUUACGAAGGGGAGCGACCCAUGACGAAGGAUAACCAUUUGCUCGGGAAGUUUGACUUGACGGGGAUCCCACCCGCGCCCCGUGGGAUGCCGCAGAUUGAGGUCACUUUCGAGAUUGAUGCCAACGGGAUUUUACAAGUCAGCGCGGAGGACAAGGGGACGGGCAACAAGGAGAAAAUCACGAUUACCAAUGAUCAGAACAGGCUGAGCCCGGAGGACAUCGAGAGGAUGAUCAAGGACGCCGAAAAGUUCGCUGACGACGACAAGAAAGUCAAGGAAAAAGUUGAAUCCCGCAACGAACUAGAGUCUUACGUUUACUCAUUAAAAACCCAGCUAGCGGAUAAGGAAAAGCUCGGUGGGAAACUCUCGGACGAGGACAAGACUAAAAUCGAGGAGGCCGUAGAGGAGAAGAUAAAAUGGUUAGAAUCGAAUCAGGACGCGGAGGCGGAAGAGUAUAAAAAAGAGAAAAAAGAAUUUGAGGAAUUAGUUCAACCUAUUAUUGCUAAAUUGUAUCAACAGAGUGGGCAGAAACCCAGUAGUUCUAGUGAUAGCGAGGAUAGCGAGAAGGAUGAGUUGUAGGUUUUUUUAAGGGGUAGUUUAUUUAAUGGAAUUUAUUACGGUGAAAUUGUUGGUUUAAAAUUCUUGUGAUUUUUUUGUAUUAAUUGAAAGUUAUUUAAAUAAAAAUGUGUGUCUGUUUUUGGUAUAAAA